ACAGGUUGGGCUAGUUUUGCUUUCCGUGCCAAUGUGAGCGUCCGGUCCACUCGUGUUCUCUCUCACACAAAACCAUUAGACUUUUAAUGAAAUUGCGAGUGUCUCUUCGGUCUAUAAGGACGCAUUUGGAAUUCUGGAGCUUCUGGAGCUUUAAGAGUGAAGCAGAGAGGCCAGUCUUAGAGACACAAACACAGGACUGUGUGGCAGAACAGAAGAGAAUAAACAAUAGGGAAAUUGAUUACUGAGAACACCUGUUCCCAAGGAUGUCUGUGGACACUCUGGAUCCAUCUUCACGGAGACUGGCCAAAAUGCCUGAUGCCACACAAUCAUCUCCAGGCCCCCGCAAGCCAAGUGCAGUAGAGCGCCUGGCGGCCGACAAGGCCAAGUACGUCAAGAGCCAGCAGGUGGCACCGAACAAGCAGAUGCCAGUCGUCCGCAAACCUUUGAUGACCCCGAACAACAGCAGGCAACUUCGGCCAGGGGCCAUGCAACCAACUCGCAAGGCUCCCACCAGGUCCACUGCAAGUUGUGAGGCUCCACCACUGGACUUAGAGCACUUGAGCAACUUGAUUAAUGGAGUUAGUGAUACCAUGGUACUUUCCGCUCCUCCACAGUCAGGCGGUCCUGAGAAAACGGACAAGUCUGAAGGCUUCAACCCAUCCCAGCCUCUGUCCCUGACUUCACCAUUGGAUGAAGAGUCUUCCAUCAAGUCCAUUUCGUCUACAACACCUCCAAUGAAGUUGUUAGCAGAUGGGCUGGGAGCCAGCGCGUCUUGCACGGUUACAGUCCGGAGGGUGGAUGUUAGGCCACAGGUGCCACAGAUGAGGAAGCCAUGCAGACCGCAGCAGCAGAACCGUCCACCCUUGCAACUGCCCGAGCAGCGUGUCCACUCGCAGCUUCUGCAACUGCUCAGGCCGUACACCCAGCCUCAACCACAGCCACUAAAACCCAUUGGAAUCAUAAGCAGACGAGAUGUAGUUAUCCCCAACCUGAUUCCACUUAAAUCAUCUACAAGUCCAGUCCAAACUUUGCCCCUUUCUGCAGAACCCCUAAAGAGCCCAACUCCUGCUUUGCCUUCUCCAGUUAGAUCCCCAAAAGAUACAAUCCCUGAUGUCCCACCACUGGCUUCUCCAGCCGUCAGAUCUUCUGCGUCCACCAGCAGUGUCCCACCACAAAGUUCUCCAGCCAUCACCCGCAAGUCCUCGGUAAGCUCCAGGAAGCGUUCCUCACUCACCCGCUCCAAGUCAGACGUCAGUGAUCGCUUCUCCCGUGCUGGCGCAGAGGUCGAACGCUUCUUCAACUACUGUGGCCUUGACCCUUCGGACUUUGAGGAGCUGGAGCCUGGCUCCGACAUUGCAUCCGUUUCAAGGCUCAGGAGCGCAAGUGCCCCUGCUUCAGAGCGCUCGGCUGAAGGACAGGAGGAAGAUGAGGAAGAGGAAGCAGCUAAAGAUGAGAAACCCAGCUAUGGCAUUUCAGUCAUCGAGAGGAACGCACGGGUCAUUAAGUGGCUGUAUGGAAUGCGCCAAGCCAAGGAUAGCACCAAGGUUGCCAACGUGUAGCCUGCAGAGAACAGAGGCAAGCUGCAUGGAUUAAUACUUGCUCCUUGCUGUCCACUGCCACUAUACUUCUUUAAAGCACUGACAAAUUUCUUUCCAACAGAAGACUUACUAUAAAGAACCCUAUCGCCUGUAGCAACAAUGAUCUUUGCUGAUCUUUAAGGGCUUUAAAGGGUUUAAAAGAAAUGAUCAGGGUUUGGCAACGUCAUGUCUGCUGUUGCUGCUGCUGGAAUGGUAAUUGCUGGAUUGAUUUUGUGUACUACCCUCUCCAUCUACUUCCAGAAAACCUUACCUAGUGCUUUGGCUGAAAAAAAAAAACUGGUGACUAACAAAGGGCUAGAGCUUAGGUCUUCAAAUUCAGAAGUUUCUGGUAAUGGAUUUUUUCUGGAUUUUUGACUCUACACCAGGUGGGCCGUGUAGGUAGGGGAUUCUACUAAAAUGGGCCGCAAGUGUACUUUUUAUGGAUUUUCAGGAAGGAUGAUGUCUGUUUUUGUGUCCUGUUCUUCAGCAUGAGAAAUGACCACUCCAACUUUUGUGUUAAUAUUCAUAAUAUAUAUGUAUAUGUUUUUGCACCAAAGUGUUCAUGUUUUCUAUAGCUAAGGGGUUUGUGAAUGGCCUAACUCAGCAUUCUUUGGAACAGUUUUGUUUUGUUAUAUACGGCCUCCACUUUGUGAACUGAGGGCAAGGGACUAUGUCAGUGUCCAUUACAUUGCAUUUAUAAACAGUGUUGACUUCAGAUGAUGAUAGAUUGACAUGAUAAAACAGAAAUGUUAAUAAAUUGAAGCCAGUUUUAA